CGUUAGUUGGAGUGCUAAACAUGAAAUCACGUACAUAGUUAACACGAAAACAUAUGAAACAAAUGUUGAUUGGGUCAUGGCAGCGCAAAGUGCUUCGAUUGUAGAAUCUCACGUUAUUUUAGAUUGUUCACAGAAAGUUAUAGCGAAGUGUUCUACCCGUGUACGAUCACUUUUGAUGUUCCUAGCCAAAUAUUACAAGCAAACAAUUUUGGUGCCCCCUUAUCUCCAUUUGCGCCCCUAUUCAGGGGGGGCCAUGGCCCCCCUGGCCCCCCCUGCCACCACGCCACUGGUCUGGCGCGCCUGGCACAUCUGAGAGAUUUUUGCACACCAGUCCCUGGGUUGCGGGGCUGUUAGCGCGCCAAAGGGGCUGAUAUCAAAUAGAUUUGAAAUACACCCCAAGCCCAAACCCUAGAGAACAUAAUGCUGCGCUGGUGGGAACUUCAGUUAUGCGUUGGCGCAGUCUCGGUUUCCUUCGUUGUUUUGGCGGGUAAACGGCUAGGCCUGAUUUUUUUUAACUGUUAUUGUGCUGUUUGAUGUCGAUAGUUUUUUGAAAAAUACUGGUUACAGUGAAGAAGAUUGAGAAACAUUAUGCCUAGAUGCACACAGGAAGAGAAUGAAUUGGAGGAGGACAGAAAAGAAGCUGCAGUUGUUUUCAAGAGUUUCCUAGAGCAAUACCACCACGAGGACAUUAUUCAAGUUCUAGCCGCCCCAAGUAGUUCCCAACAUUAUGCAUUAAAUAUCAACGCAUUAGAGUUUUUUGACAUUAACAUGCAUGUUGGACAAUUGCUUUUAAAAAAACCAUUGCAAUUUCUCCCAGUUUUCAACGAGGCAUUAAAAGAUGCUCAUGCUGAUGUGAUGCAUUCUAUUCCCGAACAAGAACAAAACAAAAAUUUGUCGAUUAAAUCAAAUGUCCAUGCUAGAUUCUCUAAUUUGCCUAUUUGCCCGGAACUAACAAGAGUUAACAUUCCAAAAAGUGAAGAUGUUGGCUCAUUUCUUGCUGUUUCAGGAACUGUCAUAAGAACAAGCAUGGCCAAAUUGUUGGAAUUUGAAAAGGAAUACAUGUGCAACAAAUGUAAACAUGUUUUUACAACUGAGGCUGAUUUUUCUCAAUAUUUUACAAUGCCUGGACCCAACAGUUGCCCAUCACCAGAAGGAUGUAAUUCAAUUAAGUUUUCUAACUUUAACAAGAAAGAAACCAAACAAUCUAGCUUCAAAGAUUAUCAAGAAAUAAAGAUUCAAGAACAGGUCCAGAAGCUUGCUGUAGGUACAAUACCUCGCACUAUGUGGGUUGUGUUGGAAGAUGAUCUUGUUGAUACUUGCAAACCAGGUGAUGAUGUAACAAUUUAUGGAAUUGUACACAGGAGAUGGAAACCAAUAUAUAAUGAUACAAAAUGUGAAAUUGAAUUGGUUUUGAGAGCCAACAAUUUGGUGGUAAACAAUAAUCAAAGUUCUUCUGUCAUUCUAACUGAUGAAAUAAAAAGAGAAUUUGAUGACUUUUGGGAAAGGCACAAACUGCAUCCACUUAAAGGAAGAAACGAGAUACUUGCAUCAUUUUGUCCACAAAUAUUUGGUCUUUAUCUUGUUAAGUUGUCUGUAGCCCUCACGUUAAUAGGAGGAAUUCAGAGACUCAGUAAAAGUGGCACAAGAGUAAGGGGUGAAUCACAUUUGCUACUGGUUGGAGAUCCAGGCACUGGGAAAUCACAGUUUCUUAAAUAUGCAACUAAGCUGAUGCCUCGCUCUGUGCUUACAACUGGAAUUGGCACUACAAGUGCAGGAUUGACUGUUACUGCUGUUAAAGAUUCAGGGGAAUGGCAACUAGAGGCUGGGGCACUAGUUCUUGCUGAUGGGGGUCUCUGCUGCAUUGAUGAAUUUAACUGCAUCAGGGAACAUGAUAAAGCCUCCAUUCAUGAAGCAAUGGAACAACAGACGAUAAGUGUAGCAAAAGCUGGACUUGUCUGCAAGCUUAAUACCAGAGCUACAAUUUUGGCAGCGACAAAUCCCAAAGGAAAUUAUGACAGUGAAGAACCUUUGAGUGUUAAUGUGGCAUUGGCAAGCCCUUUGCUCAGUCGAUUUGACAUAGUGUUGGUUUUACUGGACAACAGAAAUGAAGAUUGGGAUAAGAUAGUGUCUUCGUUUGUAUUACAUGGAACACGACCUGGCUUACAUAACAAUAUGACCAAAAAAGAAAUCUGGUCCAUCGACCGAAUGCAAGCGUAUUUUUGCUACGUGAAGACCAAAAAGCCAUCGCUGACUCCGGACAGCAAUAGGAUUCUUAGCUCGUACUAUACUGCUCAGAGAUCAGCAGAUUUACGAAAUGCAGCGAGAACAACUUUGCGCCUUCUCGAAAGUUUGAUUCGAAUAGCCCAAGCUCACGCGCGACUCUUAUACCACAAAGAAGUGACAGUGCAAGAUGCUGUUGUUGCAGUUUGCAUCAUGGAGUCGUCAAUGCAAAGUUCAGGAAUACUGGGAAAGGGACUCAAUCCGCUGCAUACGUCAUUUCCAAAGGAUCCAGAUGCCGAAUACGCAAAACAAGCUCGUAUAGUUCUUAGUAAAUUGAAACUCGGUGAUAUCCUACAACGGGUUUUAGAAUCAGAAGAAGAAAGACAAAGUCUUAUAAGAAAUGACAACCGAGAAGAGAUUGGUGAAUGCAGAACCGAGGUGAUCGAAAGACCCGGAUCUGUAGCUGAUGGCUCCGAGACAGAAGGUAGAAGGAGAGAAGAGGUAGGGGCGGAAGAGAUAGAGGAGAAUCCUUUAGUUGAUAAUUUUUUAGCAACAACGAAUCCUGUUGACGGGACCAGUAACAGCACAGAAGACUCCUUUCCUACAGAAAUAUUGAGGAGUUCCCCAAGCAGUUUGUGCGAAUCGCAAAACAAUACUCUCUAUGCUUUGAAAGGACUAGUUACACAUAAUGAAAUAUUUGACACCCCUAUGGCACUGGACGUGAAUACCCCUGUUAUCAGGGACGACAGCGAUAGCAACAGAAACAAAAGUGUCCCUAGUUAUACAGGUACUUUCACACGCCUGACAAACUCCAGUGACGAAUUUACCAUCGGCUUUAAUCAAAUGGAAAACGAAUCCACUUAUACGUCAUGCAAAGAAUUUCCUGCAGGUCAAGCAAAUUCAGAAAGUGACUCUGAUUCAAAUCAAGUUAUACUGCCUUCGAAUUUGAACCACUAUCCCAAUAUCUUCGCGUCAGAGGAAGAUUUAGAUGAAACCAUAGAAGAUGCUUGGCCUUUUUCCUUAAACCAAGAAGGCCCAACUCAACAUUUAAGCAAAGAGAAAAAUUACACUUUAAGUGUAGCCAACAAACCAAUUUCUGUUACUGAAAAGGAAUUUAGUUUUCGAAGUUCAAAGCCUCCAACUAUCCAAGAUCUUUCGGAAAGAAAGCGCGAACGAUCUCCAACUACUAAUGAAAAUAUAAGAAUAAGUCAGAAAUUCAAGAAAUUUAAGUUUAAAAAAGUCAGUAAAGAUAGUUAAAUCUGAUCUUUUCGUAUGGAACUAUGUUAAGUUGGACAGAGUUUUUAUAAUUAGUUGCAAUUUUCUUAGUUAUAGUGAUUAUUCUAUUCUCAUUCAUUUAAGCUUUAUAAUUUACAGUCAUCUUUCUAUUUUCUUAGUUUACGUCAAAUGGUGUUUGUUUCUUAACAGCUUUAAUUGUCAGAAAAUUGACAAAUUGUAGUUUAUGUAUUUAAAGGCCACCAGCAAAUUUUGCAAAGUUCUUCAUUAAUCUUUUUGUUGCUGGCUCUGAGAUUAGAUGCCAAUAUCCUUGCGAAAAUGAUACAUCUAAGUAAAGUAAUUCGUUCAAUUGACUGAUUAAUAUAUUUAGUCAUUAGAAUGUAGAGUCCGUAUAUCAUAAGAAAGAUAGAAAGAAAUGCAAAUUACAAUAAUUAAUAAAUUUUCGUUAAGAAAACAUCUUGGAGAAGCUGAACGACUUCAAAUGCAAUUAUAAAAAGAUCUGAAAUCGCAGAAAUGAGACACAAGUUUGUGCGUUUUUUAAGAUUAUUCUCUUUACGAUAACCAAUACAUUUAAUGCUAACUCCAAAAACUGCAAAGAGCAAUAAAUUAAUCAAUACAUGAGUGCCCUAAGAUUAAUCAAAUUACUUCCCGUCAUCAAAUUUAGGAAGUGUGAAUGUUAAUAGCAAAAAUUCAAUAAAACAUAACAAACUACAAAUAUUAUUAGCAGUGGCAUAACAGGGAGCUCAGGGUCCAAAAGGCAAUCCUGAGGGAUGAUACGAUAUCAGACUUCAUAACGUUUAAGCAGAAACAUAUCUAGUGCCAUGUUUGAUGCAGGGGUAUAUUUUUGCGUAAAUCUUUUGGGUCUGACUGAAUAGUAUAGUGUUUGCUUUAAGGUAAAAUAGGAUGUUUUUCUACUUUGUGGCUCCACUAAAGUAAUUUUUGUAUUUAAGAUGAUAAUGCAAGGUGACAGAAACUACUUGCCUCACUUUAGCAAUAUGCAAAAACCGCAAUCUAUAUCUUUGUGCUGAAAACCUUCUAAGAUCACUUAGGCCCAUCUAAAAAAUGUUUUUAACGCAACUAUUAGACAGUAAAUCAAAUCUGAAACGGAACGGAGAUUCCAAAACGGAAAUAUGAACAAAUAAGGAUGGGCUGGGGCUACGAGAAUCGAUUCAAUAGUGAUUCAAUGCUCCAUCCUGUAUUGCUCUGGAACUACCAUUUUUAAGCAUCUAGAUUGAAAGAUUCUCUUGGCUAUAGCAACUUUUCACCGCGUAUUCUCAUUGCUAAAUGGAGAUCCUUUUGCAUCACAGUUACUCUGCCGCCAUGCAGAGCGCAUAAAUUUGUGUCCUUGAACAGUCCAACUAAAUAGCUCUCAGAUGCUUCUUGCAAUGCCAGUAAUGCAUCGGUCUUGAAACGCAUUUCCUUGCUUAUAUAUGACGUAAUCUGUUUUACUAGUCGUUGAAAGGAAAUUCUUGGAAUGAGAUGGUACACAGCUCUCUGAUAUUUGCGUAUUUCUUUCAGGGCGUCCUAAAGUAAUAGGAUAUGACAAAAAAUUAUUCAACCUAAAUUCUUACCUUGAAAGCCUUAAGUUACUGGUAAUUUUGAUUAAUUAAAAACACGUCAAAUUUCGUUUUGUUGUUGUCGCUUUUGUCUAUUGCAAUUACGGGUUUUCAAAUAACAAAGAUACUUUGAGGACUUUAUUUUGAAACAUAAUGAGGAGUUUUUAAUAAUCAAUCGGUGCAUUUUUUGCUGCCACAAAACAUUUCUUAUUUCUCUAACUAUUUCAGUUAUUCAUAAAUCAGGUUGAUCAUGAUCCGACGCUUCAUUCUCUGAGGUCGGAUGAAAUGUAAUUUGGUAUUUUGCCCAAGAUAAUAACCACAGCUUUUCUUCUACCGAAGUGUUGUCCUCCUAAUUCAUCUGGAAAUGGAUAUAGGGGUAUAUCAGGUUAUCCUGGUAUUUCCUGGUGAAAGUUAGUAAUAUAAGAAGUUUGUCUAUUUGUAAUAUAAAAAAGCGUAGUCUUAAUAUAUAUCCUGGACUCUACCCUUCAGCAAGGGCGUCGAGAGAGGGGUUAGGAAGGAGAGAAGGUCCGGGGCCCGUGCUUCGAUUGGGCCCGCAAUAAUGUAAUAAGUUAUAUUCACAUUAAAAAACUACUGUUUCAGCUACUUACAUGGAAUCGACGCCUGUAAGUUUAUCGCAGAGAAAAACUAUAUCCACAUGUCCUUGAUUCAUGCAAAGUGUUUUUGCAUAAUCUUGUUAAAAUCCUU